AUGAAUGUCGAUGAUUUCGCUGAAGAUGGACAACAUUUUAAUGCAGACUUUCGUAGCGCCAAUGGUGGUGGCGCUAACGAUUAUUACGAUCCGGUACCUUUAAGUUAUGAAAACUCACAAGAGCGUUUGAGAGAAGAUAUUCAGAGGAAUUUGGAGGGCGGUGACUAUGACAAUUUAUUUGAGUUGGAUCUGUAUGAUGUUCAAGUCGUACAAGAUCCUAAUGUUAGUGGUUCGGCAUUAAAUGAUAGAGAUAGAAGUAAAUUCAUAACCCAACUGAAUGAGGAUCCCCCCGUACAAGCUCCUAACUUUAGUAUGCCUGGUGCAUUCAAAAUGAAUCAGGAUAGCAUGGAGCUUGAUGGUGGUACCCCCCUUACUUUACAGCUGGAUUUUUUUCCUGACUCUAUGUUGGAGACAGACGUCAAGUUUGAAGAUGAAUAUGUCAAUAGUAAUAAUAAUUAUGGGCCGUUGGCUUCUUACCAGGGUCCUUCACCAAAUUUUGGUUCUAAUGUUGAACCAUCAGAAAUAAACAUGAUUAAUAAUAGAGGAAGAUCAGACUCAGGUGUGAGCUUCUUGCCACAAAAUGGCGAACUCAACAAUCAUUUGAGAAAUGCAUCAAUAGAUAGCCAUAGUGCCAUCCAAAACCCCAACUCAUUAUCGAAUCAUAGUUUGAGCAUUAGCAAUAACUUUUAUAAUGAGCUAUCCCCUUUGACAACUACUACUUCUAUGACACCCUCCGUGAGUUCCGUUCAUUCAAAUCAACCAUCGUUCUUUUCUGCUCAACAAUACUUCACACGGAAUUCAAUGGAUCAGCCUCCAUCACAAUCACACAGACCCUCGUUUGAUCUUUAUGGCAAGAAUAGAAAUUCAAUUGAUAGUCAGCAAUCAUCAAUACACCAGAGAAAUCAAACAGACGGGGGUAGGUAUUCAAGUUUUACAAAUUCAAUAAGUAACUAUAUUCCUUUCAUGGGAGAUAGGAAUAGCAAUAGGUCUUCUCGUGCGCCAGUAGGCUCCCCCUCUUCCACGCCAUCGAAUUCCCGACAGUUUGCACCAGAGAGACAACCACAACAAUCAAAGCACAUAAUUCGAAGUAUAUUUAAGAGCUCAAAUAUUUCUUCAUUACCUCCAGAAGAUGUAAAUGAGAACACUGAUGACGUCGAAAACACUUAUGAGCCGGAUGGGACCGAAACAGAUUUAAUGAUAACGAGUCCAACGAGAGAAGAAGAUUCCGAACUAAUUGAUAAUAAUAAUGUACCGAAAAAAGCAAGAAGAACUAAGCGUAGCUUAUUUACUAGAUUCAAGGGCCCAGUAAAAAGCGAGCCUGUGGAAGGAAGCGAUUUUUUUAGAAACGAUGACAAUCUUUUCAAAACGGGUGAGCACGAGAGUAACUAUAGUUCAGGUUCAGCGGGUCAAGUUUCAAUUAGUCAAACACCCUCGUCAAGCUUUACUUCUCAUAAUGUUGCAGUAACAGCUUUAGACCCCAGCGUACUGAGUGGAUCAGCUAAUUACAACCAAACGGCUCUGAAGGAGCCUGAUUAUGCAGCAUUGUUCGAAAAGGUGGGAAAGCGCAAGAACAUCGUCAAGCCUGCUAAUUAUAUAAAAUCAAAAUCAAAAUCAAAAGGCGACCUGCAACCUGAGUUUAGCAGUCAAAGUGAGAGUUCGACAUUCUUGAAUUCAAGUUUCGAAAAAUCUCUGAGUCAGGUGGAAAUGACUAAUAAAGACUACGAGAAGUCGGUAAAUUCUUCAUCCAAUAGUUCAUUAUUGGGAUAUGAAAACAACCGUGAUGACUUUGAUUUAUCCUCAAAUGGAUCUGAAUCUGGUAAUGCAAAAGAUCCUGGACUGGAUCACCAACAAUCAAUACUCACCGCGGCAUCUAAGCGAAAGCUUGGUUCCAAACUUAUGCCUAAGAAGAAAAAUGCGGUAGCGAAUCCAAAUGUGGCGACGAUAAUAACAAAAGGAGUCGAAGUAGAAGUAGAUUUAAAGUCUUUAGAUUUGCCUCCUAACACCCAAAUAUUUCCCACCAGCAUCAUAAAUUCCAAAAACAGGACUAGGGGGCGUAAAGAAAAUAAAGAAGCUGAUUUGGUUGAUUUGUCAAAGAUAUAUUUAUGCAACUAUUGCUCAAGAAGAUUUAAAAGACAAGAGCACUUAAAAAGGCACUUUAGAUCGUUGCAUACAUUUGAAAAGCCUUAUGAUUGUUCGAUUUGUCAUAAGAAGUUUAGCAGACUGGACAACUUAAAUCAACAUUUGAAAGUUCACAAGCAAGAGGAAGAUGCAAUGAACGAGUUGGCAGGUUCAUAA